AUGGCAGCUCUGUCUGUGAGCAUUGCAACAUUCAACAUGUUGCUCCAUAUCCUCUUUCUUUCAGGUGCUUUGGCUGAUUGUCCUGCAAAGUCAUUCCCCUUAAUUACCACACCACAAAAGAUGGAGGCACUGUGCGGAUCUUGUCUGCAAAUCCCAUGUUACAUUAAAGAUAAAUCAAUACGUGUGGACAGCACAAGACAUGUCGGAAAGUGGAUUAAAAAUGACUCUAGUCAUUUCUCUCAUUCAAACAAUGUGAUUUUCGACAGUAGUAAGACAGUUAACGACUAUCCAAUGAAUAUCACUGGAAACCUGAGUAAGGGAAACUGCACCACUUUAUUUUCUAAUUUAAUCAAAAGUUACACAGACACAUACUACUUCAGAUUUGAGAACAGUGACUACAAGGCAACAGCUACUUGUGACCCUCUUCAAAUAACAGUUAAAGAUUCUCCUCCGAGCCCCAGAAUUGAGAUCUCAGGUGAUCUGAAGGAGAAGCAGUCUGUCACUAUAACCUGCUCAGCUUCCACUCCCUGUCCACACUCUCCUCCUAAACUCACCUGGAAUCUCACACAAGACCCUCACAACACUAUAGAGGAGAACACAGAUGGGACCUUCACAACCAAAAUCCAGGAGACCAUCACUCUGUCAGACAAACAUGAUGGAGUCACCAUCACCUGUUCUGCCACAUAUCCUGUGGAUGGAGGAAACAAUAAGACAGCAGAGGAGAGAAAGACUCUCAGUGUUUCAUAUGCUCCCAAGAACACCUCAGUGUCCAUCAGUCCAUCCGCUUUGGUGUCAGCAGGUAGCUGGGUGAACCUGGCCUGCUCCAGCAGAGCCAAGCCUCCUGUCUGCCGCUUCGCCUGGUUCAAGAUAAACGAAGAUGGUCCCAUCAAAGUGUCUGAAGGAGACUUUUACAGCUUUAAUGUGACAGACGGAGGAGUUUAUUACUGUGUGGCCAUAAGUGAUUUUGGUACUGAAUCAUCAUCAGAGAUCCAUCUGACUGUUAAAGGCAAUCCAGAGUUUGGGGUUGAUGUCCACAUCACAGUGCAGAUCCUGGGAAUCGUAGCACUCUACAGCACAAUCAUCAUCUUUGAGUGGUGA